UCUGAUUUUUCUGUUGGUACAGAAAAUAUUGUUGUUGUUCAUGCAUGUGGGGAGUGGGCAGGAAAGAAAGAGGAGCAUUUUCAUCCUCUCUGCUGUCAUUUCCAAUGUCCAGGCACGCCCCUCCGACGUUUAAGGCCGGCCUCUUCCUCUAUUUCUCUCUCUAGAAGCUCUUUGUUAAUCCUGUUGAACCUUUUCUCCUUGGAUCAUACCCCGAAACCGCCGCUCUCUCUCUUUCCCUCUCUCUUCCUCCUCCCCUCCUCUCCCCUCGCCCCUUCAAAACAAGCCCAACCUUCCCCUUGUUCUUGAUGCAGUGAGGGAAGAAUUCCGAGUGCCCGCCGUUCGCCGGAGGGAUUCCCUCCUGCAUCCUGCCAUUCCACCUCUCUUUUUCCCCAGUCAUCCUCCAUCUCCUCCCUCCUUCCUUCCUUUCCCGCCGCUCCACCGGUUGCCCUCCGUCAAGCGAAUCAGAUACCACCACCAUCGUCUCACCUCAGAUCAAGACGUCUCUCAUACGCUGUGAAUUUUUGGAGUCCGGAGUAUACCAACAGAAGCCCUUGAAAGAAUUUUCCUCGUGAACUGCAAACGGGCAUCUCAAAGGCCGGAUUUCCACGAUGGGCGGUUGUGUGUCGACAUCAGCCAAAAGGAAACCCAGAACUCGGAAGUACUUCAUCAGGUCCAGAAAUUGCCGUCGAAAAGUUACUCCCUCAAUCCCCGAUGCUCCUAAACCACGCGUCAGUGAUGCCAUGAACCCUCUAACAGAAUUUGCACUUAGCGAAUUUGUACAAAUGGACUUUGAGAAAAAUGAAGCUGCUCAUGGUAGAACAGAGGUUUCGAACCUGACCCUCCACCUCACUCAGCUAGAGUGGCACAGUGGCCAACUAGAUGCUAGUGUGGUCUGCCAAGAGGAAGCAUGGUUUGACAGUGUCAGUAUUCUUGGGUCUGAAUCUGAUGAUGACUUCAGCAGCGUUCAUGGAGAUUGUUUUCCUAUCAUAACUGGCAGCCUAGGUGCUCAAGUCCUGCCGUACGAUAGCACCGCAUGCCUAGUAGAUGCCAUCUGUAAAAUUGAGGAUUUUUCAGAUGCAGUUAUUAGUGCACAGGACUAUGAGUUUGGACAAUUAGGAACGGAUGAAGCCAAGCCCAAAAGUUCUAGAUUCGAAGCUACUGUGAAAAGAAAAAAAACACCUGAGGAAACCCAUGGAAACCUUAACCUUCUAAGGGAAGAUGUGCUCAACACAGAAGAGAAGGUUUAUGACCAACAGUUGAAACCAAAGCCACUCUCUUGCCUACCAAGACUAGUCCCGACAGUCAGCUUUAAUGAUAAAACUCUACCGCUAAGUCCUGGCCCACCAUCUCAGAUGAGAAAAUCUGCUGUUAUUAGAUUAUCUUUCAAAAGGCUGUCCAAUGGAACUGAGGCAACAAAAAUAUGCACCUCAAAGCGAUUCUUAUAUCGUCCCAGAGCAGGAAUUCAGAUUCCACGGUCACUUGGAGAGAAGCUAACACAGGGUUGCUGGGCUCAUCUCGAUCCAUCUGUCUUUAAACUUCGAAGUGAAAAUUAUUUCAGAGACAAGAGAAAGAGCAACGCCCCAAACUAUGCACCAUUUACCCCAAUUGGAGUAGACCUGUUUGUCUCUUCACAUAAGAUAAAUCACAUUGCUCAGUAUCUUGAGCUCCCUUCAACUAAACCUGUUGAUAAGAUGCCUUCUCUCUUAAUCGUUAACAUUCAGCUCCCUACGUAUCCAGCAGCAAUGUUUCUUGGUGACAGUGAUGGUGAAGGGAUGAGCCUUGUUUUAUAUUUCAAAAUAUCUGACACCUUUGAUAAAGACAUUUCACCUCAUUUUCAGGAAAGCAUAAAGAAACUAAUAGAUGAUGAAACUGAGAGGAUCAAAGGCUUCCCAGUAGACUCUCUGGUAUCAUUUCGGGAGCGGCUGAAGAUCAUGGCCCAGGUUGUAAAUCCAGAUGAGCUUCACUUAAGUGCUGCUGAGAGAAAGCUUGUGCAUGCUUACAAUGACAAACCAGUGCUUUCACGUCCUCAGCAUAACUUCUAUAAGGGCUGGAAUUACUUUGAGAUAGAUCUAGACAUACAUCGUUUCAGUUAUAUAUCGAGAAAAGGAUUGGAAGCUUUUCGUGAGCGCCUCCAAUAUGGCAUACUUGAUCUGGGGUUGACCAUUCAGGCACAGAAGCCAGAGGAACUCCCGGAGCAAGUCCUCUGCUGUGUGAGACUCAACAAGAUCGACUUUGUUAAUCGUGGCCAGAUACCCACGCUUGUGACCCUAGAUGAUGAUGAAUUUGCGAAAGACAACUUCUAAGAGCACAGCACAUCCACGUUGGCUGCUGAACUAGAACUGGUGGGGACAUGCAGCAACCACCCAUCAUGGGCAGUUCUACCAGCAUUCAAGUUUGUGUGCAAUUCUGUGAAGAGAGGCAACGUGGUUCUUUAGCUUCUCUUGCCAUUAAAUGGACCAGUCAUUCCCAUUUGCUCCCUCCAGCCAUUACUGUUCUUAUUCUUUGUCACGAGCAGAUCCAACAAUACUUGGCCUUUUUUCUUUUUCCAAAGUCCCUAUACAUAUAAUCCGUUCUUCACCACUCUGUCAAAAUCUGUUCAACAUCCUGCUGUUGUAUAUUUUUCUUUCUAUUCUUAUUCUUUAAGACGAUGUCACGUGUACUGUAAAUACUGAGAAAAAAAAGGUUAAAAAGAAGCCCUCGGUUUAACACCCGAGGUGUGUUCCAUUCGUAAGGAAUUGAAGGCAAAUUUUAGUUA